UUGAACGUCACGGACGAACCAGGAAGUUGGUGUUGCUGCGGUGAAAGGUCUAAAGCUAAGCUGAGUUGUGGGACCGUGAUGGCGCUCGGAGACUGUUGGAAGCAGCUGUCCUGGUUUUAUUACCAGUACYUACUGGUGACCGCGCUCUACAUGCUGGAGCCCUGGGAGAGGACGGUGUUUAACUCUCUGCUGGUCUCUGUGGCCGGCAUGGCGGUSUACACCGGCUACGUCUUCAUGCCGCAGCACAUCAUGGCCAUCCUGCACUACUUUGAGCUGGUCCAGUGAGGUUCGUCCUGACCCGUCCCCCCCCGCCUUCAGACGAGCUGCAGCAGAGCCCCCUCCUCUCCAAAGAGAAUCCUCAGUGAAGAUCAGAGCUGUGGACGUGGGACAGUUCUCAGCUCCGACUUCUUCUUCCUCAGAAAAGAUCCAGAUGUUCAGGUUGGACCGCUGCUCUUUGCUUUAAACUCAGGACUGAUGGACUAAUGAGCUCUAAUUAAUCCAACAACCCAGAUCUGAUCAUCAUCAUCAUCAGUUCAAACCUUCAUCAUAAUUCAGUUUGAACAUCAGAGGUGAAAUUUUUCCAAGUUGAUUCACAGAAACCAAAUAAAACCAGAACUUCCUGGUUUAAAAGCUGAAAGAAAGUGAAAAACAAUCUGCUGCUUUUAUUGUGAAAAAUCAGUUUGUCACAUCCACACAGAUGUGAGAGGUGCAGACGGGUUUUCAGGAGGUUCUAAUUCUUUAAACAUCUUCAUCAUCUGAACACGUCUGAUGUCCAAACGUCUCUUUACUGAAGGUCAGGAACGAUCAGGAGAACUCUUCUUCUGCUGCUGCUGCUGCUCAGCUUUACACAAACACAAAUGUUCAGAUGAACCGUUCCUUCAACAGAUAAAUAAUGUGAGUUUCAGUUCAGUCCCAAACAAACCAUUAUUAAAACUUUCUUUAGCUAAAAUAUCCUGAUCAACCUCAGAGAAAAUUCAUCUAAAUUAGAUUUAAAAUGUCUAGCUGAAAGUAAAGAAAAUAUAACAAGUUUUCUCUUAUUU